CGGUGUGAUAGAAGGGUGCAUGUGUGAAGCCAAGAGUGCAGGGAGGCGGCGGAGUCACAAGAGUAAGUGGCGGCUGCGGGGACGGAAGAGGCAGAUUGAUCAGCCAUGCCCAAGGGAGGAAAACAACACCAGCACCAGGAAGAAUGGGUCGGGGACGAGGAAGAGAAGAGCGUUGAGCGUCCCAAAGGAGGGGGCUGGAGAAGUCUCCGGAAUCCUGGUAGAAGGGACUUAGCGUUCCUAUAUGGGCUAGGAGAUAAAGUGGUGAAGAAGGGGAAGAAGGAUAAAAAGACAAAAAAAUCGUUCUUUGAAGAGUUGGCUGUGGAGGAGAAGCACACCAGUGAGGAGCAGGUGGCCGAGAAGGAAAAGGAACAACAGCAGCAGCAAAAAAAGAGACGAGACAAGAAAAAAGACCGAAAGAAAAAAGAGGUGGAGGAGGAUGAGGAAGAGAGCCAGCUGAUUGAGAGGCUCAAGAAGCUGUCGGCUCAAGCCAGCGAUGAGGAAGAUGAAGUGCCUGCCCCCAUUGUCAAAGCUGGUAAGAAAAAGAAGGGAGGGAACUUGUUUGCUGCCUUGAAUCAGGAGCAGAGCGAGGAAGAAGAAGAAGAAGAAGAUGACCCACCAAAGCCUAUCAAACCGGACAAGAAUAAGAUCAACAAGGCAGCUUCUGAUGAUGAAGAAGAGAAAAAGGCAAACAAAAAGGAGCCGAAGGGCAACCAGAAGCAGCAAGAAGAGGAGGAUGAGGAGGACAUAAAGAGGAAGAGCAAAAAAAAUGAGAAGAACAAAGGAAAACAGCAGAGAGGAGGCUCUGCCUUUGCCAUCUUGGCUGAAAGUGACAAUGAGGAAGAGGUGGAGGAAGAAGAGGAAGACGGUGAAGAAGCGAAGAUGCCCAAGGGCAAAUCGAAGACAGUAACAAAAGAGGCUGUUCAACCUGACGAAGCUAGGGAAAAGGCCAAAGGGAAGAAGGAUCUGCCUUCCAAGAACAAGUUCGCUGCUCUGGACGCAGAGGAAAUGGAUGGGGAAGAGGGUGACAGCUACGGUGACGAAGACGAGGAGGAGUCUAAACAGAGCAGCAAGGCACAGUCGGAGGAGGAGGAGGAGGACGGGGAGAAGAAGGAAGACGAUCCCUAUGCGCACCUCAGCAAAAAGGAAAAGAAGAAACUCAAGAAGCAGAUGGAGUUUGAGCGGCAGGUGGCAUCCUUGAAAGCAGCCAGUGCAGCAGAGAAUGACUUCUCGGUGUCGCAAGCAGAAGUGUCCUCCCGGCAGGCCAUGCUGGAAAAUGCCUCUGACAUCAAGCUGGAGAAAUUUAGUAUCUCGGCUCAUGGCAAAGAGUUAUUCGUUAAUGCCGAUCUGUACAUUGUGGCUGGGCGCCGAUAUGGCCUUGUGGGGCCUAAUGGGAAAGGCAAAACCACCUUGCUGAAACAUAUUGCCAACAGGGCUCUGAGCAUCCCUCCCAACAUUGAUGUACUGCUCUGUGAACAAGAGGUGGUUGCGGAUGAGACCCCUGCGGUGCAAGCCGUCCUGAAGGCCGACACCAAGCGGUUACGGCUGCUGGAGGAAGAGAAGAAGCUUCAGGCGCUGCUGGAGAAAGGCGACGAUACUGCCGGGGAGCGGCUGGAGAAGGUCUAUGAAGAAUUACGGGCUACGGGAGCGGCUGCAGCUGAGGCCAAAGCUCGGAGAAUCCUGGCUGGUUUGGGCUUUAACCCAGAAAUGCAGAACCGGCAAACCAAGAAGUUCUCAGGGGGCUGGCGCAUGAGGGUGUCCCUGGCCAGAGCACUGUUCAUGGAGCCCACGUUGCUAAUGCUGGACGAGCCCACCAACCAUUUGGAUCUGAAUGCCGUCAUCUGGCUUAACAACUACCUCCAGACGUGGAAGAAAACCCUCCUCAUAGUCUCCCACGACCAGGGUUUCCUGGACGACGUGUGCACAGACAUUGUCCACCUGGACAUGCAGAAGCUCUUCUACUACCGGGGGAACUACAUGACCUUCAAGAAGAUGUAUCAGCAGAAACAGAAGGAGCUUCUCAAACAGUACGAGAAACAAGAGAAGAAGCUGAAAGACCUCAAGGCUGGAGGGAAGUCCACCAAGCAGGCAGAAAAACAGACGAAGGAGGCCUUGACCCGCAAGCAGCAGAAGUGCCGCAAGAAGAACCCGGAUGAAGAGGCCAACGAAGCCCCCGAGCUACUGAAGCGGCCUAAGGAGUACACUGUGAAAUUUACCUUUCCGAACCCACCACCUCUCAGCCCGCCCAUUCUGGGCCUGCAUGGUGUGGACUUUAGCUAUGAAGGACAGAAGCCUCUCUUCAAAAAUCUGGACUUCGGAAUUGACAUGGAGUCUCGAAUCUGUAUCGUGGGCCCCAACGGUGUGGGAAAGAGUACGCUGCUGCUGCUGCUAAAUGGGAAACUGCCACCGACAAGAGGAGAAAUGAGAAAAAACCACAGACUAAAAAUUGGGUUCUUCAACCAGCAGUAUGCCGAUCAGCUGAACAUGCAGGAGACAGCGACAGAGUACCUGCAGCGCAACUUCAACCUGCCCUACCAGGAUGCGCGCAAGUGCCUUGGGCGUUUUGGCCUGGAGAGCCACGCCCACACCAUCCAGAUCUGCAAGCUCUCUGGGGGACAGAAAGCCCGUGUGGUAUUUGCUGAACUGGCUUGCAGGGAGCCAGACGUCCUCGUUUUGGACGAACCUACGAAUAACCUGGAUAUCGAGUCCAUCGAUGCCUUGGGAGACGCCAUCAAUGAAUACAAAGGGGCUGUGAUUAUCGUCAGCCAUGACGCCCGCCUUAUCACGGAGACCAACUGCCAGCUGUGGGUGGUGGAGGACCAGUCCAUCAACCAGAUAGACGGAGACUUUGAGGACUAUAAGCGGGAAGUGCUGGAGGCCUUGGGCGAGGUUAUCAUCAAUCGGCCUCGGGAGUGAGGCUGAAGGAGGAAGAGGAGGAGGAGGUGGCGGCGGCAGAGAGACUCCACCGUCCAGCUUCCCUCAUCAGAAGCUCAGAUCUCUCCUCAUUCGCAGGACUCUCUUGAGUGGGGGGGGAGGGGUUGGCCGAAGCCAAAAGCUUCUUUUCCCCCUCGGCUGCUGUCUUCUCACCCCGCCCACCCGCCGGGAAAAUUAAAGUUUUGGGGGUGGAGGGGUGGGAGUGCGGAUAUGUCUAAGCAUGGCUCAUUCUUACGAAACACAAGGUAGCAUUUUACAGGCCGUUCCUCCCCCUUAUCUCCCCCCCCUUUUUUCCCUGAGAAUAGUUCAAGCAGAGUUUGUGUAAACCGAUUUAAAUUAAAAUGUGAAGGAUACUU